CUUUUUUUAAAAGUUGAAACAAGUUCACACAAGUUUAAAUUAUUUUUUGUCAUAAACAUUAUGCCACGAAUGCUGUAAAUAACACUUGACUUGUAUUGAAAUGAGUACAUUAAUUUACUUUAGACUUGUUUUUAAAGUACUUACAAAGCAGUAACUAUCACAAAGACCUACACUGCACAACAGCAAAGUGACUCUUGCAAGACAACCUGAAAAAGAGUGAGAAAGAUGAUAGCCCGUAAGAGCAAAAUCUAUUUUGAAAGGUUGGGUAGCAUUCAGAGCAGACAGACAGACAGACACCAUGCUGCGGGGUCAUGAGUUGGUGUGUUGAGAUUGGCUGGACUUUGAUAUUCGAAUGUAGACACGGCCCUCAGAGGCAGGUUAUCUAUAGAUGAGGGAGGAAAGGGAUAUAUAUUAUGACUCAGGGCGACUCAGCCAGUUCAGCAAAAGAAUCCAGCUGAUGUGGAAGAAAAGAAACAGAUAAUAAUCACUGGAAUGAGGGCACCUUGAGACAUUAUCAACCAAGCCGAACGUUACCAACAAACUUGAAAGCAGAAGAACAUAUAGCGAGUCCAGAAGAGCGUUUAAACUGAGGGAUUCACCUGAUCCGAUGCAAACCGAUCCGAGCCCGCAGGGAGGGAACGGGCUGUCAUUAACCCUGCAGCCGGAGCUGCUCGCCCGAAUGCCUGGGGCUGGAACUUCCAGCAGACCAGAAGCAGACGAGGACGUCCGGGUCCCUAUGGGUAGCUCAUCGGGGUCGGCGAACGGACGUGGCGCGACCUCGCGGAGGCUGAGAGCAGCUAGUCACAGCCACUCCCAUUCUCACGGACACACGCACAGCCACGAGCAUGAGUCGGACAGCGGCGAGUCUGACCUGGAAUCCGGAGAAUCCAGCAGCUCAUUAUCAGAGUUGCGCUACCUCCUCCGCUGGCUUAAGAAAAGUCUUCCUUUCAUAGUUAUUCUCUGUGCGAAACUAGUCAUUCAGCAUGCCCUGGGUCUGGCUGUCGCAGUUGGUCUGUUUACCACCUUUAUGUAUGUCAACAAAAGCAUUCAAACGCAAGUCUUUCUUCAUGACCGAAGGACAAAGUUGCAUUGUGCGUGGCUCCUGCUGUUUCUCACAUCCUCCGGUCUCCUAGUGUUCUACACUUUUCACACUCAGUCACUUUAUCGCUGCCUUGUUUUUGCUAACGCUACAAUAGAUACUCAAAACUUCUGGGAGGUUUUAUGGAGCGUUGGUGUGACCAACUUCAUUCUGAAGUUUUUCUUCAUGGGGCUCAAAUGUCUUAUUCUCCUCAUCCCCUCCCCGCUCAUGACGUACCGGCGAAGGGGUCAGUGGUACAUGCUCAUAGAGGAGGUGGGUCAGCUGUAUCAAGUGAUCGCUCCUGUCCCGCUUUGGUUCCGCUAUCUGGUGAGCUACGAUGAGAUGGACACCUCAGUGGGUCUGACUCUGGGAAUCCUGCUAGCCUUGCUCUACCUCAUAAUGAAGCUUCUGGCCUUGUAUGGACUGUCAGGAUCACUUCAAAAAACAUUACGGACUUUUUUCAGUCCUGAGGUGAAUGGAGUUCCAGCCAGUCCUGCUCAGGUUAGAGAGGCAGGUGACAUUUGUCCAAUCUGUCAGGCUGAUUUUAAGCAGCCUCGGGUCCUCGUGUGUCAGCAUAUCUUCUGUGAGGAGUGCAUCGCCCAGUGGCUUAACCAGGAGAGAACCUGCCCCCUCUGCCGCACUGUCAUCACAGACAAGGUGCAUAAGUGGAAAGAUGGCGCAACAUCAGCUCAUUUACAAAUCUACUGAAAUCCCACCGAAGGGCUGGAGAUACAGUGUUGUGACAUGUUGAAACACUCAACCAGCAGUUGAUCCACAUCACCGUUGAGCAAACAGCACUUGUUAUAAGGCAAAGGGCUCUAGAAAAAGCUCCAGUUUGAGAGUUUUUGAAAUGUAGAUAUCUUGUCUAAGGACAAGUGCAUUCACCAGCAUUUGUAUUAUUAUUAUUAUUAUUAUAACUAUUAUUAUUGUCGCAUGUGGAACUUAUUUUUAAGUGUUUAUAAUUUAUAUUCCUCCGUGUGUUCUUGCAUGCCAUCUCUGGUUUUACUAAUUACCUUGUGGGUGUAAGCAGAACACAGUGGAGACAAAUGCAUUUCUUUAUAUUGUAUUUGUGGAGGAAAACACUCACAGGUAAUGUAGCAGAAAUUCAUUUGUCAUCUCCCUAAAAGGAUUUUAACAUUUUUUUCAUAGAUUCUGGGUCUUUUUUUUUGUAUGAUACUGUGGUUUUUGUAACUGAACUUGUUUUAAACGCAUUUAGAAUCUGGAUUCAGUUCUGGAUUUUGCAUUCUAUUUGAAGUAUUCUGGUUGUUGGUAAUAAUCUGAAUGUGAGGUAAUUGCACAUGAACUACUGAUUUAUCAAAUGAUGUAGCAUUAGAAUUUUGCAACCAUGUAAGUUUUGUGACUGAACAACAUACGAUGGGUUAUGAAUUACUGUUACUGUA